GCAGUGCGGCCAAGCCUCCCCACUAGUGUGGAGAACAGGUUGUUUGCUGGGCGGGUUUUCAUCGCCAAAGCAAGAAGUUUUCAACGUUGUUAAGAAGGAACAGAAUCAGGGGGGAAAACGGACAUAUAAACUAAUACAAACGCCAAGAAGAGAGAGAAAAAAAAGGAAGGACACACGAUCUACACAUAUAAUAUAUAUAUAUAUCUAUAUCUAUAUAUAUAUACACGCGUACAUUACAACGAGGUGGAACAGUACUUGUUUAUUCAUACAUUUUUAUACAUCACAUAUUUCUACAUACAUAUAUAUUAUAUAUAAUUUACCCUUUACAUACUGAUAUAUACACGUAUAUAUUAUACAUCAUCAGACAGAUCUAUCUUACACGCUCAAUUAUACACACGUAGAUUGGAUGUUGGAGGCUGCACUCUAUGGCAGCCCUCCAUCAACCAUCACCACAAUCGUUAUAUUUCUUCAAAGCCUUUCUAUUACCCUGACACUCUAGGUGUGUGUAUGUGUGUAUAUAUUCAUCAUCUGUAUGUAUAUCUAUCUAUAUAUAUGUAUAUAAGUGUGUAGUAGUCGUAGUAGUUUGUGUUUGUGUGUGUGUGUGUUAUCAUGUGUACAGUUGUGUGUGCUACGUGGUGUCGCCAGCGCGUGCGGGCGCGAGACUGCGUGUUGUUGUGUGUCGAUGUGUGAGUCUUGUGUGCCUGUGUUGUGCCACUCUAUGUAUGUGUGCGUGCGUAUGUGUCUCUGUGUGUGUGUGUGUGACUGUGGUAUGAAUAUGCGCGGUGUGGUGCGGUGCACGUGUGUGUGACAGCGCACGUGUCCAUGUAUGUGUGUGUGCGCGCGGUUGUGUGUGUGGAACCAGACAGCAGAAAGGAGUAUAAACAAACCGACCCUCCUCCUUAGUGACACUACUACUACUACUACCACCGCCACAACAACAAUAUAUACACACAUACUACUACUUCUACAAGAAACACCUCUAUUUUCAACCUGAAAACCCCCCGCCAGUAGUUCGAUGCAUUGGUGGAGGGGGUUUCCAUUUCGAUCGCUCGGUACCGUUUGAAAUCUUUUAUAUUUUUGGCUACACACACACACACAUACAUACACAUAUAUAAAUCGCAUAUCUCUACCCCCUCUCCCUCUCUCUCUAUAUAUACAUAUAUUAUUAUUAUCUUCAUAUAUAUAUAUUUUUGGAUCUUCCUCGUCCUCUGCUCUGUGUGUUUUAUUUUUCUGUUGCUAUCGGAGGAAAGGAAGACUUUUUUUUGCAUAUAAUUCUUCAAAGACGGAGAUAAAUAGCGGAAGCAAGGACUAAGACUACAUACAACAGCAAAAAACGUGAUUGUACAACAACAACAGUAAUUGUUCUAUAAAAAAAGAAGGAGGUGUUUAGGAAAUAAGAUUGGAUCCAACGUCCGUGGUGUCUUCGGGUGUGUUACCGAUUCCCACGGCUCCGAAGAAAUUCUCUUACAUUCUCGAUCCAUCAUCAUCAGCAGUCAUCCAAGCCUUCCACCUUCGUCCUCCUUCAUCGUUCGUUUCUACAUCACCUUUACAAAUCCUCUUCACCUAUUCGUCGCUGUUGUUCAUGUUGCUAUUACCGUCGUCAACGUUAUCUCUACCAUCAUCUCCAUCAUUAUUAUUAUCACCGCAAUCACCAUCACCAUCACCGCCACCGUCGUUUUCAUCGACGUUGUCAUCAUCACCAUGAUUCAGCACUCGGAAAAACUGGAUUCCAUGAACGGAUUGGUGCCUGUAUCAUCUCCGACGUCGGCAGCUGCCGCGGCCGCUGCUGCUGUUGUCGCAGCCGCCACCGCCGCCGAACCCUCUCUAGCUGACACUGUCGAAGCUUCAACUUCUAUGAAUGAUCCUCAGUGUUCGCCGGACGUCAAAGUACGGUUUGAUGAGCUGUGUCCAGUGUGUGGGGAUAAAGUAUCUGGCUACCAUUAUGGACUGUUGACCUGUGAGAGUUGCAAGGGUUUCUUCAAACGUACUGUACAAAACAAGAAGGUUUACUCCUGUGUGGACAACAGAAACUGUCUCAUUGACAAGACGCAAAGAAAAAGAUGUCCAUACUGUCGCUUUCAAAAAUGCCUUACUGUAGGGAUGAAGUUAGAAGCUGUCCGGGCCGACCGGAUGCGGGGUGGACGAAACAAAUUUGGUCCGAUGUAUAAACGGGACCGAGCACUAAAGCAACAAGCCAUACGUCAACGACAGCAGAUGCUAACAUCGUGCCAAAUUCACCUGUCAAAUGGAAUGAACUCUUUACCUACGUCCAUGGAGGACAUCAAACCUAGCUCGCUCCUGAUGGGUGGAAACCAGCUAAUAUACAGCAUGGGUAGCAGUUGUGGUGGUGGCGGAGGCGGUGGUGGAGGAGGAGGUGGUGGAGGGGGAGGAGGAGGAAAUAUCUCGCCUCUCUCGUCGCCAACCCCGUCGAUGCCUUCACCCGUCUACGACGCAUCCCCACCCAUCAGUCAGUUAACCCUAACGAACAGUGAGUGUGUGCCUGUUAACACGGGUGGCUCAGCCAUGCAGGGUACCCUGCAGCAGUACCCGGCCAUGAUCAGCGCCCUACAUCCCAUGCACUCCAGCCUCCUCUCACAGCAGCCUGCACUACCCCCUCUCAUACCGUCCCUAAUCUCAGACUUCAAGGCAACCAUGCCUAACGAGACAGAACGUAAACAAAAGCUGCUUAACUUUAUUCAAAAUGAAUUUGGUGGGUUUCAGUGUUCGUGGCAUUCGGACAAGUUAUUUAUGAUGUUAUGUCGCCUUGUGGACCAGUGCCUAUUUCUCAUGGUUGAAUGGGCACGCUAUUCAUUUUUCUUCAAAGAAUUAAAGGUUGAGAACCAAAUGAAACUUCUACAAAAUUCUUGGAGUGAAUUAUUAAUUUUGGAUUUUUUAUAUCGACAACUUAACACAAAUUCCACCUCAGAGUUUACAUUGGCAAGUGGUCACAGAUUAAACGCAGAUUUCUUCGAUAAAAUAGGUUUAGGUGACAUGAGAGAGAGACUGCAGGACCUUAUCAAAAAGAUGCGGGAACUAAAAAUUGAUGAAAACGAAUAUGUAUGUCUCAAAUAUUUAGUGCUUUUGAACCCUGACGUUGGAGGUGUGGAAAGCAGGCAACUCCUUGAAGACUGCCAGGAGAAAAUCAACACUGCCUUGAUGGAAUACUGCACUAGUGUUUAUCCCAAUAUGAAGGACAAGUUUGGCCAGGUUUUGUUACGCCUGCCAGAGAUUCGCAUGAUAAGCAUGCAUGGCGAGGAGUUUUUGUAUAUCAAACACUUAAACGGAGAGCUACCCGAGCAGACUCUCCUCACAGAGAUGUUGCAUUCCAAACGAAGGUGAGACACUGCCUGCCUUAGGCUCCAUCCAGUCGGUGUAGGUUCUUGGGAUUUUUGUGUGUGUUGGUAGGUGGGGUGGUUUGGGUGGGAUGGGAGACGUUAGGGGAAAAAGCUGGGUUGGUUCGGGAAGUGGGAAG